UUUUGAAACUCCUAUAAAUACUGUUUAAAAAUAAACACAUUUCAAAACUACACUAACUGCUGCUUGUAAUUGAUUCAUUUACAUCAAAAUGUUAUUCUUGAAUAUGUUUGCUUUAUUAUUUAUUGCACUAACAACGGUUCAAGCGUGCACGAAUAGAGUUCAACUGUUUUCCUGCACUCAACCAGCAAAUGUGGGUCGCAGUGGACCGAGAUGUCAUCGCAGCAUUAUGUGGUAUUAUUAUGCUGGUCAAUGUCAUCAAAUGCUUUAUAGAGGCUGCGGUGGUAACAGGAAUCGUUUUUGCACCCGUAAUGCAUGUCUACGAAUAUGCCGAAAUUGACAAAAGCUUAAUUCUCCCACACAAAGUUUUAAGGCCUCAAACCAUGAGAAAAGAAUUAAAAAUUGCCAACACUGACUGAUUUACAAUUCAGUGCCGAAUUUUGUUUAUUGUAAUUUAUGUUAAAAUUCUCUAAAAGAAAUAAAAACAACUUGCUAAUUUUA